UCAUCAGAAACAAUAUAGACUCCUGAAACGAUCAAACUUCAAACAGCAGAAUACUGAAUCGUUCAAAGACCCUUGUGAACACACCUGAUACUCACAGGCAUGGAGAAAGCAACAGCAGUGGAGGAGUCUUUCCUGACGUCAUCAAUAAUACAAGAAAAUAGAAGAGGGAGUACUGAUGAUCAUCCAUGCAUGUCAUCCUCCAGCGGUCCACUGACUGAGGAGCUUCAGUGCUCUAUAUGUCUGGACGUGUUCACUGAUCCAGUCAGCACUCCAUGUGGACACAACUUCUGCAAGACCUGUCUGAAUGAACACUGGGACAACAGCCAGGCCUGCAGCUGUCCAUACUGUAAAGAAACAUUCAAGCAAAGACCUGAUCUCAAGAUUAAUACCACACUCCGAGAGAUUGUAGGUCACUGUAAAAAGAAAAGUCCUGAGAAAAAGCCUGAAGUUGUGUGUGACAUCUGUGAGGAAAGAAAGCUGAACGCCCUGAAGUCGUGUCUGGUGUGUCAGAGCUCUUACUGUGAAACUCACCUGGAGCCGCAUUUGAGAGUGGCAGGUUUGAAGAAACACAAACUGAUGGAUCCUGUGAGUAAUCUGGAGGACUAUAUAUGUCAGAAACAUGAUAGACCUCUGCAUCUGUUCUGUAGAGAUGAUCAGACAAGGGUGUGUUUGAUCUGCUCUGUGAAAGACCACGAGAACCACAACACUGUUCCUAUAGAAGAGGAGAGUGAAGAGAAGAAGACUGAACUGAUGAAGACACAGAAAGACACGCAGCAGGUGAUCCAGGACAGAAUCAAGAAGAUUCAAGACAUCAAACACUCAGCAGAAGUCAGAAAAAGAAACACGGAGAAGGAGAAAGCAGCCCAUGUCGAGCUCUUCACUGAUCUCAUCCGCUCCAUUGAGAGACGUCAGACUGAACUGCUGGAGAUGAUGGAGGAGCAGCAGAAAGCAGCAGAGAAACAGGAGCAAGAGCUGAUUGAAGAGCUGGAGCAGGAGAUCACUGAGCUAAAGAUGAGAAACACUGAGCUGGAGCAGCUCUCACACACUGAAGAUAACCUCCACCUCCAACAGAUUCACUCAUCCCUGUGCAGCCCUAGAAACAGCAGGAACUGGCCUGAGAUCAGUAUGAAGACUCAUGAGAGUCUGGAGACUCUGAGGAGAGCUCUGACUCAACUGAAGGACACUAUAGAUGAGAAACUCACACUAACUGUCUCUACAGAGCUGAAGGUGAUGCAGCAGUAUGCAGUGGAUGUGACUCUGGAUCCUGAUACAGCUCAUCCUGAUCUCAUCCUGUCUGAUGAUGGAAAACAUGUGAGACAUGGCGACAUUGAGCAGAAACUCCCAGACAAGCCUGAGAGUUUUGAUAAAUGUGUCUGUGUACUGGGAAAGGAGGGAUUCUCCUCAGGGAGAUUUUAUUUUGAGGUGCAGGUGAAGGGAAAGACUAAAUGGGAUUUAGGAGUGGCCAGAGAAUCCAUUAACAGGAAGGGAAAGAUCACAGCAAGUCCCAGUAAUGGAUACUGGAUUGUGCGGCUGAGGAACGGGAAUGAAUAUAAGGCUCUCUCUAGUCCUCCUGUCUCUCUGUCUCUGAGAGUGAAGCCGCAGCGGGUCGGUGUGUUUAUGGAUUAUGAGGAGGGUUUGGUCUCUUUUUAUGAUGUGGAGUCCAGCUCUCAUAUCUACUCUUUCACUGGUCAGUCUUUCACUGAAAAACUCUAUCCAUAUUUUAGCCCAUGCAAAAAUGAUGGAGGUAAAAACUCCAGCCCACUGAUCAUCACACCUGUCAAUUAUAAUAAAUGAAU